AUGCGAACUAUCUGCCUCCUCAUUUUAACCAUUGCAUGUAUUGGCAGUGUUGCCGCCCAAUGGGGAAUGCCAAUGCCCUAUUACGGACCAGUGGGACCAUUUGGUGGUACCCCUUAUGCACGUCUGCGAGCAAUGAUGGGUUAUGGCAUGAUGCCAUACGGCGGCGGCUUUGGAGGUUAUGGUGGAUAUCCUAUGAUGGGCAUGCAUCCGAUGAUGGGCAUGGGCUGGAUGGGCUGA